ACCCCUGCCGUGGAAAGGGAGCCUCCUUCACUGCCUGCCUCGCCGUCGCCCAAGCGUAUCAAGCACAUUGAGCCCGCAGCGAACCUCUCAGUUGCGUCCAUUUUGAAUGACCCAGCAGCUACUCCUACUCCAGAAUCACCUCCCCACAAGCAUCAGAACCCCGACAUGUCUGCCUCCGCUACUCAUCUUCCCCCAAUGAACCUCGAGCCUCCUCCGCCAGCGCUCCAGAUCAAGCUUCUUUCAGCAACCGCUCGCGCUCCCACCCGUGGCAGUGCGUUCGCCGCCGGCUAUGAUCUCUAUGCAUCAAAGAGCACCACUGUGCCUGCUAGAGGAAAGGUGCUUGCCGACACCGACAUCUCAAUUGCUGUACCAGCCGACACCUAUGGCAGGGUAGCCCCUCGCUCUGGACUUGCUGCGAAGCACUCAAUCGAUGUCGGUGCUGGUGUCAUUGACGCUGAUUACCGCGGUCCUCUCAAGGUCUUGCUCUUCAACCUGGGCGAGACCGACUUUGCCAUCAACGAAGGAGACAGAAUUGCACAGCUGAUCAUUGAGAGAAUCUAUACCCCCGAGGUUCUCGUAGUCGAUCAGCUUCCGGAAAGUGUACGUGGCGCUGGAGGCUUUGGCUCGACUGGC